GCGCCUGCCCCUCCCCCGCCCCCACCCCUUCCUGCCCACCCAGUCGCCUCGGCCCGGGCGGCAGGAAGGGAGGUGCUGGGCUGGGCACGGGCCGUGAAGAGCCACCCUCCCUCUUGGCCCCGCGACCGCCACCGGGCGUCUCCGGCCAUGCGCCCCACGGAGCCCUGGAGCCCCAGCGCGGGGACGGCGCCCUGGGACUACUACUCGGGGUCGGGGGCGCCGGGCGAGCUGGAGCCGGAGGAGCUGUGCGCAGCACGGGACCUGCCCUACAGCCACGCCUACAUCCCCGCGCUCUACCUGGCGGCCUUCGCCGUGGGCCUGCCAGGCAACGCCUUCGUGCUGUGGCUGCUGUCCGGGGCGCGCGGCAGGCGGCGGCUCGUGGACACCUUCGUGCAGCACCUGGCGGCCGCCGACCUGGGCUUCGUGCUCACGCUGCCGCUGUGGGCCGCGGCGGCGGCGCGGGGCGGCCGCUGGCCCUUCGGCGAGGGCCUGUGCAAGCUCAGCAGCUUCGCGCUGGCCGGCACGCGCUGCGCGGGCGCCCUGCUGCUGGCCGGCCUCAGCGUGGACCGCUACCUGGCCGUGGGCCGCCCGCUGGCCGCGCGCUCCCCGCGCUCCCGGCGCUGUGCGCUGGCCGCCUGCGCGGGCGUGUGGGCCACGGCCCUGGCCACAGGCCUGCCGUCGCUGGCCUUCCGCCGCCUGCGGCCGCUGCCCGGCGGGGACCGCGGCAGCCAGUGCGGGGAGGAGCCGUCGGACGCCUUCCAGGGCCUGAGCCUGCUGCUGCUGCUGCUGACCCUGGUGCUGCCCCUGGCCGUCACCGUCGUCUGCUACUGCCGCGUGUCGCGCCGCCUGCGCGGGCCGCCGCACCUGGGCCGCGCCCGGAGCCGCUCUCUACGCAUCAUCUUGGCCGUCGAGGGCGCCUUCGUGGGCUCCUGGCUGCCCUUCUGCGCCCUGCGCGCCGUCUUCCACCUGGCGAGCCUGGGCGCGCUGCCGCUGCCCUGCCGCUUGCUGCUGGCGCUGCGCUGGGGCCUCACCGUCGCCACCUGCCUGGCCUUCGUCAACAGCUGCGCCAACCCACUCAUCUAUCUGCUGCUCGACCGCUCGUUCCGCGCGCAGCUGCGGCAGCGCGGGGCCUGCGGGCGCGCCGACCGCCCGGCGCGCGGGAGCAGCUCGGCGUCAUCACUCUCCGGCGACGACGGCUCCCCGUUCCGGAGCCCGGCCCGCGCGGGCGGCCGAGCCCAGACGGCGAGCGCCCCCUCGGCUGUUGGCCCGUAGCUGCUCGGCCCGCGGGCUGCGGGCGGCGGAGGGAAGCGAAGCGGGCCGUCCCCCCCCGCCACCCGUCUCCCCGACCUCCCCGAGCGCAGCGGGCUGCUCCGCCGUGUCCGCGGGGCCUCCCAGGGUCUCCCUCACGAGC